AUGGAGUCUGCUUCACAAGUUGCCCCGACCUGGGCCGACAUUGAAGAAGCGACACGAAGUGAUGCCGGCUCACCGUCAACAACGCAGAUCGACUCCCCGGCAUGGCACUACGACGACACGAUUGUGACCGACUUUGGCCCAGCCUCUCUCUCCGAUGAAGUCCACAUCGUCGAGUGUUCGGAUUGCAGCAAACCCAUCCUGCACGAAGCGCUCUCGUUCCACCGACAGAACUGCAAGCUCGCGCGCGAUAUCGCCUCCGGUCGGGUAUCACCAUCCGUCCUGGAAGGCGAUGUGAAAAAGCGGCGUAUGAUGGAAGAUGACGACGAGAGCAUCCUGGCGGACGACGGUCCCCCUCUAACCAAGAAGCAGAAAAAAGCCGCUCGUCUGGCCGCCGCCGCCGCUGCUGCAGCCGAGAAGAAAACCGGCGGUCGAAAACACAAAGGUCCCAUCGACGUAGACAAGCAGUGUGGCGUGAUCAACGACAAAGGACUCCCCUGUUCGCGGUCUCUCACGUGCAAGUCGCAUUCGAUGGGUGCCAAGCGAGCCGUCGAAGGUCGAUCUGCGGGGUACGACGCCCUGCUGUUCGAAUGGCAAAAGGCGACCAAUCCGAGCUUCGUCGCCAAGCUCGAGGAGAAAGAAAAGGCGAUUGCAGCAGCAAAAGCGGCUGCGGCAGCAGCUCCGCCGAAAGAGAAGAAGAAGAAGUCUGGCAAGGACGGCAAGGGCAAGGUGAUCAGCGGUGGAGUGAACGGGGCUGGCGGAACGGUGUUUAUCGAGGAUGAUGAUAUGGACAUGUUCGAUGCGGGCGCGGAUGAGGAUCAGAUGGAUCAGGAGCUCGUUGGUGUUUUGGGGGCUAUUGCGAACGCUGCUUCGAGGGAUAGGACCACGCCGCUGCCGUUGGCGACGAGGUCGUUCGCGGGAAGCUAUACCAGCAGAGCGAAGCGCAUGCGCAAUUUGAGAGAGCUGCUGCGCGAAGGGUUGGCUGCGAAUGGUGGUGCGUAUGGUAUCAACGGGUAUGCUACGUGGAACAAUCACCACCGCCCGGGGAGCUACGGCGGUGUGGCGGGCAAGAAGGGGGUCGUGUCGGGCGCGUGA